CGCUGUCCGGUUCGGUCGUACUUGACACAGCGCACGUCUGGAUUGGAAAGUUUGCAUCGUGGAAUCAGGAAGUCCUGUGAAACAUUUGAGUCAAACCGUAAUCUGUGCCUGCCACUGCUAAAAAGUUCAGAGCCGUGAAACCCUGUCGUGAUGCUCACUGGACGUCUCAACCAUGCGGUUCUUGGCUGAAUCCAAUCCUCCUCUAUCUAGAGGUACUCUAGAGCUCUGCUCGUGAUUAUCCAGUGACUCCAGUAGGAAUGUCCUACUGGUCAGUUGGCCUUCCCCAGGACUCGAGGGACACUCUCGGCACCAUGGAGCAGCAAAUCAGCCCUGGGGAGGAAAUGGGAGCCAAAGCAUCGCUGGUGGAGGGUCCGGGACGCGGCUCUGCUCUGGUUCCUUCUCCCACUCUGGAGAACAUUCAUGCAGCAUAUGAAGAAAAACAGGAGGAGGUUGCCAGGGAGCUGGUCCAACAGGCUUGCUGUGUGGAGUGCAGCGCGGGGAUGCCCCGCAUCGACGGGGUACGUCUCCUGUGUGUAGCCGUUCAGUAUGGUGAUCUGCAGAGUGUGUGUUACCUCCUAAAAGAAGCCCGCAUCCCUUUGCCCCAGGAGCCAUCCAACACCAACCCAGCCAUCCUGGCAGCAUACUAUGGCCACGCCAACCUGGUCAAAGAGCUGUUGGAUUCUAUACCCGGUCCAUGUCUGAGGAAAGACCUGUUGAACUGGAUGCUGGCCACAUCGUGCCAACAGGGUCACCUGGACGUGGUCCGGCUGCUGGUCCACAGCUAUGAUGCUGAUGCCAAGGACUGUGCCAUCCACAGCAAUGAGUUUGCUGUCAUCACUGGGCUGCCGCUGUACGCCGCUGCACAAGCAGGUAAUGAGGAGAUAGCUCGCUUCCUGCUGCAGAAUGGAGCAGGAUUCUCCUCAUACACCCUGAUGGAUCACCCAGCCUUCAGCAAACACCUCCUCAGACUCAGACUACAGGAAACCUCCACCACAGGAGGAGAGGAGGCUGUCAGUAUAUGUUGGGGUGGUCUGCAGUUGCCUUGGCUGGAGCUGGAUUGGUUCAUGGACGUCUCAUCACGUAUCACCCACCUGGAUCUGUCGUCCAACAGCCUGACUGCUCUGCCCUCUGUGGCGCCCUGGGGUCUCAUCCAUCUGCAGUCUUUAGAUCUUUCUAAUAACUUGCUCAAAGAGCUACCAGCUGCUCAAACUUCCCAGGAGGUCAUCUGCUCCAGGUUGCAGCAGGUAAAUCUCUCUCAGAACCAGCUCACCAGUUUGCCACUUGGACUUCUCCAUCUGACCCGCAUCCAGAAGCUUUCUGCUGCCAAGAACCAGCUCACCAUCCUGUUCGACAUCCCACCUACUACUAACUGGAUCGGUCUGCGUAAGCUGGAGGAGCUGGAUGUGUCUGAUAACAGUCUGACCAGUCUGCCCACAGCAGUCAUGCACUGUUUGAAAUCUCUGAAAGUCCUCAAUGUGUGCAAAAACAAGCUGAGCACCUUCCCUGACCCCUGGGCCUGUCCACUGAGGCUAUGCAAAGCUUCGUCCAAUGUUAUCCAAAGUCUUCCAAACACUAUCUCCAUCUUCUGGAGGACUCAGCUGCAGGAGGUGGACUUCUCUGACAACAGCCUGAAUGAGCUGCCCUCAUAUAUCUUUGAGCUGGAGGCACUGGUCUCCUUGAGAUUGUGUGGGAAUCACAUUGCGACACUCCCAGCCCCCAAUAAGUGGAAAUGCUCUAAGCUCAGGACCCUCGAUCUUUCCAGGAACCAGCUGGGCAAAACAGAGGAGGGUCCCAAAUCCAGGAGGCUGGCCUUCCUGACUACAUGGCACAGAAGAGAUCCAGAUCCAGUUUGUCCUGUACAGUUUCCCAUGAUUCUGCGGGAUUCACUGGAAGUGCUUUUCUUGAAUGACAACCAGCUGGAGUGUGUUCCCCAGUCACUGUGUGGUCUGCACAGCCUCACUGAGCUCUACCUUUCCAAUAAUCCUGGAAUCCGUGAGCUUCCAGCAGAACUCGGUCAACUCUCCAACCUGUGGCAGCUGGACAUUGAAGACCUCAACAUUACUAAUGUCCCCCAGGAAGUAAGAAAAGAAGGUCCUGUGUCUGUCCUGGCUUUCCUCCGAGCACACCUUCGAAAGGCAGAGCCUUUUAAACUGCUAAAAAUGCUUGUGAUUGGUCCGCCGAGGCAAGGGAAGACAGCCCUAUUGGAGGUUCUACAGACUGGCAAGGCAUCCCCCUUCACUCCAACAGAAUGUAGCAUCUCCACUUGCACCUGGGAACUGGAAAAACCCAAUGGAGGCAAAAACAGCGUGAGAAAAGCACAAAUAGCAUGUUCAUGUAGUAAAGAUUCAGUGUCGUUCAACGUGUGGGACAUCGGUGGUCAAGCCAGCAUGUCCACAGUGAACCAGUGUUUCUUCACCGAUAAGGCCUUGUACAUGGUGAUCUGGAACCUGGCUCUGGGAGAGGAAGCUGUAGCCAACCUGCAGACAUGGCUGCUCAAUAUAGAGGCACGAGCUCCUAACUCUGCUGUAGUGGUUGUGGGAACUCAUUUGGAUCUCAUCGACACUAAGUUUCGCACCGAGAGACUGGCCACACUGAGAGCUCAUAUUCUGGCUCUUUGCCGAUCCCCAUCAGGGGCUCGAGCAUCUGGCUACCCUGACAUCACCUGGAAACGCCUGCACGAGGUGUCAUGUAAGACCCUGGAGGGUGUGGAUGGGCUGAAGAAGCUGAUCUACCAGGUGGCUCUCUCCAUGAAAGACAGCAGCAGCUCAGCCUGUGGCAGUAAACUGCUGGGCAGACUGAUCCCCAGAAGCUACCUGACACUUCAGGAAGCAGUGAUAGCGGAGAAGCAGAGGCGAGAUGCCGAGAGAGAGGUCCAGUACCUAACUGAAGCCCAGCUGGACUGCAUUGUUGAGCAGAACCCAGGAAGUGACAUCAGAGACUAUGAGGACCUGCAGACUGCCAUCAACUUCUUGAUCGAGACGGGGACCCUGCUGCACUUUCCGGACACCAGUCAUGGCCUGUGUACUCUCUACUUCCUGUGUCCUGCAUGGUUAUCGGAAUGCCUAGAGAGGAUCAUGCACCUCAAGUCCUCUCGCUCUGUAGCCAGGAAUGGAGUUAUCCGAGCUGAGGACCUCAGGAUGUUAUUGGUAGGAACGGGGUUCACGCAGCAGACAGAGGAGCAGUAUUUCCAGUUUCUUACCAAGUUUGAGAUUGCUCUCCCUGUGGCCAACAACAGCUAUCUGCUGCCACACCUUCUUCCCUACAAGCCAGCUGUAGACAUCCAUGGCUUUCGGCAGCAGACCAACAACACCCUGCAGCGCCUUGUGAAGAUGAGCUUUGUACCUGCUGGAUUUUGGGAGCGCUUCAUCGCCAGAAUGCUCAUCAGCCUCACAGAGAUGGACCUGCAGUCAUUUGAGCCCAAAAGAAACACCAGGAACCAGCGCAACAGGAACUCUGUGAUCUACAGCUUUGCUGGAACCCAGCAGAGGAGCCGUUGUAGCACCUUCAGAGUCCGACGCAGCCAGACCAUCUACUGGAAGGAAGGGCUGCUGGUCACUUUUGAUGGAGGUUACCUCAGCGUGGAGUCAUCGGAUGUCAACUGGAAGAGGAAGAAGAGCGGAGGCAUAAAGAUCAUCUGCCAGUCAGAAAUGAGAGAUUUCUCUGCCAUGGCCUUCAUCACAGAUCACGUCACCUCUCUGAUCGAGCAGUGGUUCCCUGCUCUGACAGCCAGUGAAAGUGAUGGGAGUCUCCUCAUAGAGCAGUACGCACCCUGUCCCCUCUGUGCCUCGCUGGGCCAACAGAAGCAGGCCAAAAACCAAGCCGGCCAGCCCAGCCGGAUCGAAGAGAGAGAAGGAUAUGGAGAAGAUGAGGAUGGAGGAGGAGGAGGGGGUUCAGGGGUUCAUUACUUUAACAUGGAGGACUGUGUUCUGGCUGCAGUGGAGAAGGACCACAUCAGCUGCCCUCAGCACCCUGACCAGCCAGUCAGCCUUCAGGAGCUGGUCCCAGAACUCUUCAUGACGGACUUCCCUUCACGGCUCUUUAUGGACAGGGCCCAAUUGGAGUACUCUGAGGAGGAGAAUAACAUCCUUGGCCAGGGAGGCAGUGGGACCAUCAUCUACCGAGCACGAUAUCGUGACCAGCCAGUGGCCAUCAAACGCUUCCACUUCAAGAAGUGUCCCCAGCAGAGCAUCAGCAGCGACACAGACACCAUGGUGAAACAUCUGCAGUCUGCAGAUGCUUGUCGGAGCUUCUCUGAAUUUCGCCAGGAGGCCAGUAUGUUGCACUCUCUCCAGCAUCCCUGCAUUGUCUCUCUGGUGGGCAUCAGCAUCCAUCCGCUCUGCUUUGCCCUGCAGUUAGCCCCCCUGGGCAGCCUCAACACUGUUCUGGCAGAGAAGCACAAAGGCAAAGGUUCCAGCUACAUGCCCCUUGGUCACAUGUUGACCUUCAAAGUAGCCUAUCAGAUUGCCACAGGACUGGCGUACCUUCACAGGAAGAGCAUCAUCUUCUGUGACCUCAAAUCUGACAACAUUCUGGUGUGGUCUCUCGAGGUGCAGAAUCCAGUCAACAUCAAACUGUCUGACUAUGGCAUUUCUCGACAAUCCUUCCACGAGGGGGCUCUGGGGGUGGAAGGUACACCAGGUUAUCAGGCUCCCGAGGUCCGACCAGGCAUCGUUUAUGAUGAGAAAGUAGACAUGUUCUCUUAUGGUAUGGUGCUGUAUGAGCUGGUGUCCGGGCGGAGGCCAGCACUAGGACAACACCAGCUUCAGAUAGUGAAAAAGCUUUCCAAAGGCAUCCGGCCGGUGCUAGGCAGUCUGGAAGAGGUUCAGUUCUGCUGUCUCCACAGCAUGCUGAUUGAAUGCUGGGACACCAAGCCUGAGAAGAGGCCAACAGCCAUGCAGUGUCUGAGGCAGAUGCAGGAGCCGAGCUUCCCCUGCCUCAGGUAUGUGUUGUCCUGUGACAGCCACUCGCAGCUCUUCCUGUCCCAGCUGCAGGGACACAGCGCUGUGUUCUGGAGCGGAGACAAGGAUGACAGGAACUACAGUGUGGUGAAUGUGGAGAAGGGCCAGGUGGAGGUGAAGAGGAUGUCCUGUCCAGGCAGUCGGAUCAGCUGUCAGAUGAAGAUGGGUAACGCUCUGUGGAUGGCCACUGAGGAGCAGGAGGUGUUCAUCUACAGUCUGAAGGACAUGUGUCCACUCAGUCAACCCCAGAAACAGUUCUCCUGUCCAGCCGUUAUCACCUGCCUUUUCCCAGUUCCAGCAGGAGAACAGAACUUGGCCAGAGUGUUUGCGGGGAUGUCUGACGGCCUGCUGGCUGUGUACAGCUUGGCGGAGGACUUGCCUGUGGAGGGAGAGACCUAUCUGUGCUCACACACCCUCAAUAAGACAGUGUUUGGUCUGAAGGACUCAGAUCCCAGACAGAGACCCUACCCAGUCAGGACCAUGGCUCUGGUCAACAGUGGCUCUCAGUUAUGGUUCUCCAACGGUCCUGGUGUGCUGGUCAUCGACUGUCAGAGUCUUCUGGCAAUUCGAAGGUUGGAGCCCUAUGACCCGCCGUCCUCCAUCACAUCCAUGACGACCAGCUUCAGUCUGUGGGGAGAGGAGGCAGUCUGGAUCCUGGAUGACCACAUCAACACCCUGCUGCUCUACCACGCUGCUUCUUACCACCUCUGUGCCAAGUACUGCUGCAGAGACAGCAAUCCACUACGGGACGUCUUCACCGUGCAGCGUCCUGCAGGGAUUGCGACGGUGACAGCCACUGACCUCAAGACAACAGACCAAGGAGAGAGGCUGGAAUAUAGUAAUGGAGAAGUGACAGUGAUCUACAGUGAGGAGGGUGGCACUCAGAUCAUCCAGCACCAGGAUUCACUGACAGACUACUGCUCUUUAUCAUCCGAAUGCUCCCUUGAGCUGCCGAGGUCAGACUGUUCCAGCAGCGUGGGCCCCGCCUCAUUAGUCAGCCGCAGCAGUGUGCCACUUCUGCCAGACCGGGAGGAGGCGGCCAGGGUCGAGGAUCAGCAGGCAUCCACAAACCCUGAGCCUUAUCUGGACUCAGCAGAGAUCGUGAACCCCACACCACCUCAUCUGCAAGCCUUCACUGUGCUGCCAGUGAACGGAACUCUGUGGAUCCCCAGGCGUGGAGGAGAUAUAAUGGUUAUCGAAAUGCAGUCACAGGCUGAUCAGCUGAGGGGACGUGUCAUCGCUGUCCUCAGUCCUCCUGGACGUUCCUCUUUGGGGAUCCUGGAGGAGGCAGCACUAGUGGCAAAGGACACAGUUGUAUGUGGCUUUCAUAAGGAAAACAUGGAGUGGUGCCUGUGUGUCUGGAGGGGCUGGGGCUGCCACGAGCUGGAAGUCUUCUACCAGUCCUACGAGGAGCUGGGCCGCUUGGAGACCGGCAUGAGGAAAAGAAGGUAGCUGUUGUGCUGUGACGGGAGAGGUGCAGAAUCGCAGCUCUGUAUGGAGGGCGAGCCGAGGGGAAUACACACCGACAGACUGCCAGUGUUCAGUGCUGCCGAAUGUUCACGUCAGGGCAACGCAGGAGGGGGAGGAGGCCUGCUGUAAAGGGCUGGAGCUCAAACUGUGCACAACGGAUAUCUCCCCGCGCAACAUGCUUGCGUACCAAUAAUAAGUUAAGACCUGAAAAAUGUGUAAUCCCACAGUGGACAUGAAAAACCCUAAAGCUGAGUCACGGAUUAAGCUCCCAGAACAUAACUUAUAUGCUUUAGUAACUGACUUCUGCACAGGGGUGUAGUGUGCAGUUCGGUGGACUGUUUGCAUCUGACUCCAGCUGCUGCAGUCCAUUGUUUAUUCUUUGUCUGUUUCGCUUUUCCUUCAUUUAACUGUUCAAGUCCGCAACUUCAAGCCCUCCGCAGGUGACAUGUAUUGAGUGCUUCAAAAUGAACUGGUAUUGGAGCUGGAGCUGCAAGGAAACAGCUGUGUUCUAGAAGUUGUAGAUGGGAGGAUGGCAGUGACACUGACACAAUCGCACUCUCAGAACACAGUGUUCCUCUUCAAUUUCAACAUAUUUUAGCCUUUAACUGUGUCAUGAGAAUCUGCAUGCCAGCCGCAGGCCCUACUGUUACCAGAAUGGCCAGUAAGCAACAAACUAGCAUCUGUGUUCUGUGCAAUAUUAUGCAACAGACCAGCUGCCGUCAAAGCCUUGUGCUUUUAGCAGGUUAUUACAGAUAAAAGAUCACUUUUUUUUAAAUGUGGUUCCAUUCUGGCUCCAGACCCCACAGUGAGUGUUUCCUCACUCGGCUCUUUCUCAUGUACUUCCAAAGAACAGAAAAUCAUCUGAAUAUAUGAAACAUGUUCUUGGCAUUUUAUUUCUCUAUUAAAUAGUGGUUCAUUGUUCCUGGUCUUUCCUUCAGAGGGUUCACAUUACCCUCACACGCUGAAGGGAUUGUUUGGGUGACAGAUACUUGUGGUUACAGUGAAAAGCUGCCAGUCACAGUGUAAAUGUUGAGAAUCACUGCAUUGCUCCCUACAUGAUUUUACAUUUUUAAAUCUUUUUAUCUUUCCAGUCAGAUAAUUUUGUUAAAUUCAGUUGGCAGACUUUCAUACAGCGGCCAGUAAAGAACUGUAUAUUUUCCAGAACAGCCUUGUAGUAAGCCAGAGGUUAUUUAUUUAUCAGAAUAUAUAAUGAAAGUAUUACAAUAGAAGUUGUUGUGUACAUAGUCACUGUACAAUACAGUACCAAAUAAAGUUCUUAUGAUUUUCA